AUGGGCAUGCGAGACCCCCUCCUUGAGGCCAUGGCCGAAGUAAAGGUCAACGGCAACCAACUACGGAAACAAGCGGCCAAGGCCGAAGCAUCCGCCCGCGCACAGGAAGACAAGGCAGUCAAAGCCAUGAAGAAAGGACAGUUCCAAAUUUCUCGCAUCCACGCCAGCUCAGCGAUCCGUGAAAAACGCCGGUCUGUUACCCUGCUAUCGAAAUCAGCGGAGGCAGACGUGAUAUAUAGUGAUCUGUCCGCUGCCAAAAGUACCCGCGACUCCACACGAUCACUCAUGAAAGCAUCCAAGGCUCUUGACACGGCAUCAAGAAGUAUAAAUCUCGAACGCACCCUCGCUGUUGCCAACCAGUUCGUCUCUCGGUCAGAAGAUUUUAAACUGGCCGGGUCUGCUCUAGAGGGGGUCUCAAAGGAUGUCCAGAUGCAAGAGUAUGGCGCUGAGGGUGACGAAGAUGUUGACCGCCUCAUGGAGCGGCUGGCAGAUAGUGCUGGCGUCGAUUUACGCCAAGGUUUAGAGGAGAAUGCUGCUCCACGCGAGGAGCUUACAGCGGUCACCAACAAACAGAAAGAGGCGGAGUUCGAGGAUGGCCUGGCUGGCAGACUGAGGGCCUUGAGAGGAUAA